AUGUCGGGAGCGAAAGUAUCUGAGAACCUUCUGAACGAGUUGAAACGAAAAGCGGAGGAAUUAGACGAAAUGCGAGGGCCAGCCAAGAAGACUCCAAGACCAUCAGGAAGCGAGGGCUUCCUUGGACCUUCUUCAACCUGGGCAUACAGUCGCCAUGUCAUGGUCAUGAUUCGACAGUAUGUUGACCAAGAAACAACACCAGAGGUUCCACUCAACAUUGAUGGACAUGCCUUUAAUAUAGAGCUUCCCCGCAUGAGACAAGCUGGAACGUUGAUCGACAUAGAAAGUCUCCCUUCACUUGACUACGCCAUCUACCUCACAAACACCGUCAAGUUCCACAUAGCCCAAACCUACCACAUUUUCGAGGAAUCUCAUUUCAUGCGUGGUCUCUUGUCGCUAUACAACGACGGGCCACCUCCCUUGACGUCAGAUAAUCGGAUGUGGUAUAUCCAGUACUUCCUUGUCAUGGCAAUGGGUAAGGGACUUCUUACUCGGGGUAUGUCAAAGGCCGGAUCACCCGGUAGCGAGUACUUUUUGCGAGCAAUGGAGCUUUUUCCUGACGCCAGCGGGUUGUAUCAAGAUCCAAUACUAUCUAUUGAGCUUGGAUUGGGAUUGAGGAUAGCCCUGAGUCAAGGUCUCCACCGUGACAUAGUGGGUGAAUUCUCAGAUGAUGCCGAAGUCGAUCGGUAUCGCAACGCGUGGUGGACGCUAUACAUUCUUGACCGCAAAUUCUCAUCUUUGAUGGGUGCUCCGAGCUCUGUCCAAGAUAGCGACAUCUCUGUACCGGUACCGGGGCAACUUGCUGGAUCACGGAAGUCGAAUGCCCUCGAUAUGCAUAUUAAGCUGUCAAGGCUCAUCGCAAAAGUUCUCAACAACGCAGCGGUGUACGGGAUUGACGGAAGAUUGGAUGAUUCAUUCCCCAAGAAUACUCUAACAAUCUUGAAAGAGCUCGCUGCCUUGGCCGCUGAGUGGAACUCAUACCCAGACUUGAAAUUGGACGGUCAAGGUCCAGUAUCACGAGUCUCUGCUACGCUCAAUCUUUGUUACCACCAGUGCAUCGUAUUAGCAACGAGGCCCGUUCUAAUGUGUCUCCUGCGAGAUAAGUUAGAGUUGGACAGAAGAGAAAGUAGGUCGACGUUCGAGAUUGCCGAGCCUAUCAAAGCUCUGUUGAAAGCUUGCUAUGACUCGGCGCACAAGUCUCUCCGUAUCUUGGCCACGUUACAAACCCAAGAUCUUCUCGAACUCUUUCUACCAUUCGAUUUGGACCACACAUUUUCAGCAGGUUUUGUUCUCGCUCUUAUCUCUACCGUCCAGCCAUUCUCAGACGCCAUGUGCGACUCGUGUUUCGACGCGACAAUAAACAUUCUCGAUACAUUAAUUGCUGGUGGUAAUCUUCCUGCAUGUUUCCGACGUCAAGAGAUGGAGCGCUUACACGACAUGCUACAUCUGAUAAAGCAACGAGAGAGGAUAUCACCGCAACCUAAUGUGGACCAAAUCCCUGGCUUUGAUGCACAUCGAGGAGAACAGGGAAUCUCGCCAACUCAAUUGCUCGCUGUGACCAAUAUGCUGGGUUCUCAGCCAUCCUUUGACUUGGAUCUUGAUACGGUAAAUAGCUGGUUGUGGGAAUUUGCUGGUGUUGGGGAUGCGCCAUCAUAG